CGAAGCGUGUUACACGAGAUCUGCCCAGCCACAGUUGACCAUGUCGCCGUGUCAGACACUACCCUUGCAUUGGUUACCUCGUGCAGAUGUUGCCAUGGGCGGCUGACCAUAGCAGCCUCGCUCCGGGACCGCUUAGGCCCUAAUGAGAUUUGCCGGUGUGACAACGGUAGCCCCACCGUACCGGCUGCCCCCCUUCUUUCCCCUGUUUGUUUACGCUGGUAUGACUCACAACGACCCCAUCUGUGUAAUUUAAAUCUGUAUUGUGUAGAUGUUGGUUGCCCCUCUCCGGGACAUGUGUCGCUGUGUUAUGGUCCCGCUACACGUGGAAACUCCCCUCGCGGACAGCUAAUAAUAGUCUCACAACACAAUGUGACCAUUGAUUUCUACUUUGAAUAAGUUUUAUUUCUUGAACGGCAGAGGAAAAAUUGCUGCGACUUGCAAAGUUGUGUUGUGAAAGUAAGAUGUAGCUUGGCGUACACACAUGCUAGAGGUGCCGUGUGCUGUAUUUAUCUGCCUGGUUCACAUACAUUCUUUGUAAAUACCUAUCGGACGGUUCGGGGAACACAGGGAUCAAAGCAUGGAGAAAAUGUCGACUUUGUUGACGGUGUUAUUUACAAAGUAAACCCGUCAGUGUUUGUGUUAUGGUAAAGCAGAAAUAAUGUGCUGAGGUCCGUACUAUUCACCCACAACAGUACUGGACUACGGAUUAUAAUACAACACCAAUGAGAACGGGUUGUUAGCGUGUGGUAAAUGAUGGAGCAUCUGGACCAAAACGAGGAAAUAUCGUUUUUGAACGAUAUAGUCUGACCAGAAUUCCUGUAUCAUGAUUGACGGUAUGGAAGAAGGCGACCGGAUCAACAGGGAGACGACACCGAUGCUCAAACAUCGGACAAAGUCGGGUCUCCAGACUGUCCUCAACCGUCGCAAGUUUGAUAACGACGACUUGGAGAGGCUAUACAAGCGCUAUGUGUUCAAGCUCCAGCAGUCGGCUAUCGGCUAUAUGCUAGGGGUCCUUAUCCUGUUGACGGCCACCCUUGCCGUCCUCAAAUUUGUGUACCUAUCUGGUCUGAGCGUGCGCGGAAUCUAUCUGGCCGCCCAAUGUGUGAUAUUUAUAGCUAUAUUUAUAUUCCUCCAUACAAAAUUCAUGAAAGAGCCCUAUUUUAAGAUCGUUUGUUAUCUAUUGUUGAUGUUCCUGUUGGGGUUCGCAGUGAUGGCGUUUCCUUUACAACUUGACCCGGAUGUUCCCGGACGUGCGCGCCCUCUGUUGGGCCCCAUGGAUGGUGUAUGGGAGGUAAUGUUUGUUGUGUUUAUGAUCUAUUCUCUGAUGCCGCUGAUGACGUAUGUAGCAGUCCUAACUGGGAUUUUACUUCCGGUGUGUCACAUGACCGUUUCCGCCUUCAUCGCUAACAACUAUCCGGACUUUCUUUGGAGACAGUUGGUGGCCAAUGGAAUUCUGUUUCUUUGUGUUAAUGUGGCGGGCAUCUUCAUCCAUAACGUCACUCAGCGUGCCCAGAGGAAGACAUUCGUGGACACGCGGAAUUGUAUUGCGGCCCGCCAAGACAUUGAGGACGAAAACGAAAAGCUGGAAAAAUUGCUCCUCAGCGUCCUUCCUGAACAUAUCGCUGUAUUAGUGAAAAAGAGUAUUACCCAGAACCCAACAAUGCAACAGUUCCAUCAGAUAUAUAUACAAAGACACGACAACGUCAGUAUCUUGUUUGCCGAUAUAGUAGGCUUCACCAACCUGUCCUCCCACUGUUCCGCCCAGGACCUCGUCCGUAUCCUUAACGAACUUUUCGGACGCUUUGACUAUCUGGCCACGAAGAACCAUAACCUACGUAUCAAGAUCCUCGGUGACUGUUAUUACUGUGUGAGUGGACUGCCAGAGCCGAGAGCUGACCAUGCCAAGUGUUGUGUGGACAUGGGUCUGGACAUGAUAGAGGCUAUACAUUCUGUUUGUGAAACCAGUGAUGCACGACUGAACAUGCGCGUUGGUCUCCACACCGGAAGGGUGUUGUGUGGUGUUCUGGGAUUGAAGAAAUGGCAAUAUGACGUUUGGAGUAAUGACGUCACGCUGGCAAACCACAUGGAAUCUGGAGGCAUUCCUGGACGUGUUCACCUGACCAGGGAGACCCUGAACCACCUAGACGACUCGUACGAGGUGGAGCCUGGUAAUGGCGGAGAUCGAGACCCUUUCCUCCGUGAACAUGGCGUUCAGACCUUUCUCAUUAAGGAUGUGCAUCCCCGCAGGGUUCCGAGCCGGUUCCUGGACAAGAAUCUUGAAAAUGUUAAACCAAAGCGUCUAUCGUUCCGUAAUGUAUCCAACUGUGUCGUGAGACUGAUGCAGUCCGUCAGGUUUAACGCCGAGAUCCCCUUCUCCAAUGUUCUUACUCCUUCUAACGAAGAGGCCAAAAAACUGCCGGGCAACGCUUUUAGCCCGUUCGGUUAUUCUGUAACAGACAAACGCCGAAAACCGUUAAAGGAAAGACAUUCCAACAAGCCUGCCUUGGAGGACCGAGCCAACAAGUAUCUGGCCACCGCCCUGAUGGCCCGCAGUGUCGAUAAGGAGAAAAGGGACCACGUCAACUUCCUCACACUUAGGUUUAAAGAGUCCCCCAUAGAAAAAAGGUACCAGGCCACUGAGGACCGCGCAUUCAGCAGUAGUAUGAUGUGUGCUCUGGUCAUGUUAAUGUGUACAGCCGGACUCCAAAUUGUCAUCCUUCCAAGGACGUUGCUGCUACUGAUGUUGUUCCUGGCUUCCUUCUGCUGGAUCGCGAUUGUCCUGAUGCUCAUCCUCAGUGUUAAACUUAGGUGCACUCCAUUCGACAUUCGGAAAUCCUCGGGAUUGCGGCAUUUCACAAUGAUUACGACCAUUGUAUUAGUAUAUGCAACAUCGCAAAUAAAUGUGUUUUGCUGUCGGGACGCCAUUGGAUAUCGGACGCUUAUAAGCGUAAAUUUCAUCCAAAUGUUAGACGAGGAACAUCUCACGUGCUCAAUCCCGCCAUACAUUUUCCUAAGUUGUAUAGUGGGUUACGUCUGCGUGUCUAUUUUUCUCAAGCUAGCCGCUCUGAUCAAGUUCAUACUGAUGGCAAUCAUGGCGACUGUAUUUAUAGUAGCGAUGGAGCUCACACAUCGUGGACUCUUUGAUGGAUUUGAUCUGCAGGCAAGGCCGGUGAUUCCAACCCAUGUGAUCGGUAUCGUUGUCUUGGUAGCCUUCAUGGUGAUGCUGUACCUUCAGGGGCGACAGCAGGAGUGGACGGCCCGGUUAGAUUUCCUGUGGAAGACCACAGCCACGAGGGAAAAGAUUGGGAUGACGGAACUCCAAGAUAAUAACCGACAGAUUCUGUGUAACCUGCUUCCAGCUCACGUGGCUGCUCACUUCAUCGACACUCAGACAAAAAGUCACAUGGAGUUGUAUAGUCAACAAUACCCAAAGGUUGGAGUGUUCUUCGCAUCCAUUCCAAACUUCUCGGACUUCUACAUUGAACUUGUUGCAAACAAUCAAGGGAUCGAGUGUUUGAGGGUUCUGAACGAAAUAAUCGUUGACUUUGACGAGUCUCUUAACGAGCCCCGGUUUCGAGGAAUAGACAAGAUAAAGACAAUUGGCAGUACCUACAUGGCCGCCGUGGGCUUAAUGCCGGACAUGAUGAUACAGCCGGACAGUGAGGUAUCAAUGAUACAUUACCUAGGACUGCUGGUCGAAUUUAUAUUUAUAAUGAAAGAAAAACUCAAGGUUAUCAACGAAAAUUCCUAUAACAACUUCAUGCUCAAAACAGGUAUGAACAUCGGACCUGUGGUAGCUGGAGUGAUAGGGGCGAGAAAACCCCAGUACGAUAUCUGGGGCAAUACUGUUAACGUGGCAAGUCGAAUGGAAAGCACUGGGAAACUCGAUCAUAUACAGGUCACGGAGGAUGUCUACAAUAUCCUGAAGCAUCAGUACGACUUCAAAUGUAGAGGUCGAAUCAAGGUCAAAGGAAAGGGGGAAAUGGUCACCUACUUUCUGGUGGGUCGGAGAAGUAUGGGGGUCUUACAGAAUCCAUCCUCUCCGUCUUUGUCAUCGGGGAACCAGAUGCUAUUCCGACCUUCGUCAAGAGAAUCAUUCAAUGGAAGUACGCUCAGUGGUGGAUAUGCGCAGCAGGAAACCCACCUAGGCGUAGCAAGAAACCAGAGUGGUCUUAGUUUGUCUUCUCAGGAUAGCACGCAGCCGCGGGAUGUUUCACGGAGCGAGUCCCUAAAGUCUCAGACAAGACUUGGCCUGGGGUAUCCCGUGGCGGUUGGGGAGAGGCAGAAUAGCCUGGACUCGUCUAAGGGUCUCCCAACACCACCCGGAAGUCUCAACAGGAAGCGAUACAGCAGCACGAACACGAACGACAGCCCGAGAAACACGGCGCGGAAAUCUGCAAAUCAUACUUUACCAACUUGUCUGACGGGUCACAUUUCAGAAACGGAGACGGAAUCUACGUAUGGAGGCAUUGAUUCGCCAGAACUCCCUGUUGUACACUUCGCAAAUAAAAAGUCUACAAACGUGCGACCUAUUCAUAAUUCAAUGUUCGAUGGCUUGAAGGACGGGAACGGUGCGAAUAUGUCUUUUGAGCAAUGUAGCAACGGACCACCUGCACCAAUACCCAGGGGAAGAUUUGGAGAGAUACAAAAUAGUCCGGCUAGUCCUUCCAAGGGGAGUAACAGCAAUACAAGAAGCAACCAUAGGUCAUCUGCGCCCGUAGGUCAGAUGUCACCCACGUCUUCUAAUGGACAGCUGUCUCAGAUGAGUCCGAGAUACAUGAGUCGUGGGAUGUCGGAUAUUUAUGAGGACGAUUAUGAUGCUGCUAGUGCGGGUAUAUUUGUGAAUAUGGGAGUUAACAAUGAUGGAUCAGUGAGGUCACGUGAUUCUGCACCAACUAAUAUUCGCCGCAAUCCUAGUAAUCUGUCGAACUUGUCCCAGUCUUCUCACAAUUCUGCUGAUAGUAAUAGUUCAAGGAAACGAAUACAGCCACCACAGUAUGCACAAGUACAACCUAUCAGAAAACCAUCAAAGGAGUCGAGUAGAGAGAUGCACCCACCCCUUGCCACGUCGAAGCCGUGUCAGGUUGUCAACCCUACCGUUCCAAUCAUACGGCCUACACCCCUAGUUCUUUCCGGUCUAGCCCCGCCUAUGAAGCACGCCAUACGUCCAGCUCCUUGCCACCAACCGAGAAAUGUUCAGAGUGUUCAUUCUAGUCUGUAUCCCAAUAACAUCCCAAAUCUAUAUAAUCCUCAAGAUCUCUCACCGGAAGAAAUUUCCCCGGAAAGUCGAUUUAUAAUGUCGAACAUUAUGAAAGAGCUGGGAAAAGUGGUAGACCCCAUGCAACCCAACAGACCGGGUCUAAAAUCCGUCCAGAAGCAGUCUCCAUUAGAUAAGUUUCAGCCUCCGUCGCCUCCUCCAGAGGAAAAGUUUGUAACGGCGACGUACAGAGAACCACUUAGCCCUCAAAAAGCAACCACCACCUCCUCCCCACACCUGAGUCCGGUGGGUACGCCGACAAAGGCUGCUAUGAUGGAAAAGUCGCGACACGACUACGUACCACAACAAUGCAGAACGUCUCCACCAACAUGCUCUCCCCCUCCGCCACCUGUGCCUCCGAAACUUCUCGCAAAGGAGUCGCGUCGUAAGUCUUCCAGUUCCCGCACAAGUAGUAGCUCGUCCCAAUCGACUCUAACCUCUACCUCCGCGCUUGUAGCUAACAUUGAUGGCAGGACGAUGUCCAUUCUGCCCAGUCCAGAGACCAUACAGCAAACAGCAAACGUAGGAAAUGCUCUGCCUUUGAGACGUAUACCCUCCGAUGCGACAAAUGGACAACAUUUGGACUCAAAACCACCCAGUGUCAGGAGGAGUAAUUCUAGUCCUAAAAUGAAGUCAAUGGCAUUACAGCCUGCGUUUCGACAUAUGGAUUUCUUGUGUCCCGUUAUUCAUUCGGACGAUGACAUGGAAUCAACUAGCUCUAAACAAAUGAGUGAACAUUCGUCGGUAGUAUUGCUACAGCCGAUAGAAUUAAAGCUGUCUAGACCGGCGUUUGUCAAACAGCUAUCUUUUCCUUCAGAGGGUGGGUACGAGCAUUACACGCGCGCGUUUCUGGCUAACACCGAUUUCAUGGUGCCACAUUUAGAUAGAAACUUCUCGAGGUCGAGUGACACAUUAUGUAGCAUACCGCGUGGACCGCCGACGCCCAAGUUUCCCAUUCUUAGUAGCGCGGCAUCCUCGUCCUUAACACAGCUGUUGCAAGAACUCGCGGCAGAGCGCCCAGUAUCCUCGGACCUCGAUAAACUCCGAAUAUCGGACCAGUCACAGGACAAUAACUUGCAAGAAAAUCGUGGUCAAACAAAUGAUGCAAAACACGUCCCGCACGGUAAGCCCCCAACUCACAAUAACGGAUCCGGGUCCAAUGAACUCGCUAUCCGACAAGGAGCAUCGCGACAUCAAGGAAAUCCAAAACGGAAGUCAACAACCUCCACAACACCGGUUAAGAAACCAAGCCAGCUACCCAUCAUGGGAGACACUGCAAACAAAGCCCUAAAUAGAAAUGUGAAUCCUUUCCAGGUUAAACGUCGAGGUCACGUGAAUGCGCCUCCUAGACAUUGCAGGAGCUUGGACUAUAUCCCUAGUGAUCGAGAAGACUACGCGUCCUCCGCCGCGUCUUCCGCUUGUGGUAGUCCCAAAUCAAAGCAACGGGCGCUUAUGAACAACAUAAUGUAUGCUAAUAGAAUAGAGCAAUUCCUUUCGGGCAGGAACGCUCUAGGUCUAGAGAGUUUAAGCAUUUCAUCACUGGCGAGCAGCAGUGAAAUAUCGCGGAGUGAUCCGGCCAUCAAUCUUGAAACCGGCUCUGUUGCUUACGAGUCGGAGUACGACAAUUACAGGCCGGGUAUGCUAAGUGAUGAUGACUUUUACGCCAUGGAGCCCGUCAGUGACUUUGAUAUGGAUAUGUACGAUGAUAUAGACAUCGAUAAUGUGACAGUGAGUGAUUCAUAUAGUCUAGAUCUACCACUGCCAUUACUGACGACAAAGAAGAUCACAGAUGUGUGACGCAUAGCUUUGAUCCUCGAUCUACCAAGAGUAAGAAUGUUAUAGGUUUAUUAUUGAAAAAUGUGAUCUUCGAUCAACCGCGAUAAAAAUACUCGAAGAUAAAAGUGUGAUAUUCGAUUUGUCACACCAUAAAAAAAACAUAUUUAUGACGAAGAGGUGUGAUCUACCACGACAUGCAAGAAAAUGUAUGUAUGACAGUGCUAUUGUCACAUAUGUGUUAUCCCGGACCAACACGUGUUUGAUCGUAAGUAGAAUGUCUUAGCAAAAUACUCAUAUUAUGUCUUACUACAGUUGUGUUCAUCAUCAUAUGUACAAUACUCGUUUGACGUGUGAAACUUUUAAGCUGCCACAAGAACGAUAUCAUAUUUGUGUUUCAAGUCUUCGGCAUCGCGUGAGAAAGAAUGAAGCUUAUCUGAAUCAGUUACAUUUCCUCGAUCUGAUGUCAUGCUUUUUGUAGGGAAACGUUUGAAAAUAGUAUGAUGUGCAUGUCAGUGGAAUAUUUAGUUCAUUUCUUCGUUGUAGCAAUUUAGCAGCUUCAAUAUGAAUCGGUCAACAGAGGUGGCUAUUCAAAUAUAAGGCUGAAAUGUAAUGGUGUCAUAAUGGUUUGGGUUGCAUCUGUGAAAGUUUGAAAAUAUGUCAUUGUUAAAAGGUUGAUAACAGCAGUUGCUUUUUUUUAAAGAUUGUAUUGGAUUUGAGAAAAAUAUGCAGACAUUGUGAGUGACUUUGAGAAGUAUCGUGUGGAAAGUGCUAUAUUGUUAUUUAUUGGAUGCAGAAAUCCAUUAUAACGAUCGGUCAAGUGUAUGAAGGACAUUGAAAAGUAUGAGGGUGCAUACCCCUGAUACUAUGAAAUUGCUACAUGACAGGUGCUUGGUUCUAUUAGAGGUUCCAGAAUUAUUUAUUACAUACGAGUGUUAUUUGAAUAAUUUAUUUUUGUAGGAUGAAUGCAUUGUUAAACCUGACACAAACGCACGACGCCAUUAGUAUGGCUCUGUUUCAAAAACUGUAUAAUUAUAUUCAUGUGAUCAUUAUAGUAGCGAUAGUGUUGACUACAAGUGUUUGGAUGUGUUCAAUGUGUGCUGCGAUAACAGAUGAUUUCCUAGGCAGUGUCCUUUGUCGUUUCGCCUUGCCACCACUUGUUUAUUAUUUGCACACGGUAACUAUUAGUGUUUCAAAACAAUAAUGAUAUUUAAUGAACGAUAUUUAGCAUGACAUUUAAAAUGGCCAAACAGUGAAACUUAGCCUUACCGACAUCAACACCGUCUUGAAUAUUUGGUCAGACAGUUGGUAAAAUAACAUGGUAUUGCAGGAUUUCCAUUAGAGUAAAUGUCGAAUAUCAUAUGAAGUCAAUAAUCUCCGAUGUAGGUGAAGUCAGAUUUCACUGUAAUCUAACGGAUGUGCCAUUGUUAACAGAAUACAACGUGUAAGACAAAAAAUAAUUGUGAAAAGACUCGUGUAGCACAACCAAAAAAAAAGGUUUUGGUUGCGCUACGUGAAUCUUUUUACAAUCCAUAUUUACUAACAUGAAGAAAAUGUUUAGAAAUAUCCGACAAAAAAUGAUAUUUAAAGAUAUCGAUGGAAGUUUCAAAGUUGAUAAAGGUACUAUGAUAUUCAAUUCGUUAAUUUAAGUAUAUUAUAUCAUCUUUGUCGUGUUUUUGUUCCCAUAAAGGGUUUUACUUAUACAAACAUCUUUCAUAAGUUCCUAUUUAUGAAAUGGGUCUAAAUGUGUGUCUGUCAAGGCGAACGUCGACAUGACGAGGUCUUGCGUUUUAUGCUGCCUAAUCCUAUCUGCCAUGUACAUAUUGAGUAAAAUUCGUUCCCACAGUUA